AUGGGACGCCACAAUAGUAUGGUGUGGCUGCCUAUUUUGGCAAUUAUGGUGGCAAGUAUAAGUAUAACUACAAAAUGUCAGCAACCUGGGAGGACUACUAUAGCUCCUGAACCAGCUCCAACUUCAGUUGUGGAACCAAAACAUGUUCUAGAUCUCGCUCUAUUUUUUCUAGGCCUUUUCGAUAUAGCACCAGAACCACCAACACCAUCAACACCCCCUAUGCUCAAUCCUAUAGCACGACCACGACCAGCACCACCACCACCACCACCACCACCAUUUAUGAUGAAUCCAACACCACAAGUGAUUCGUCCAUCACAACCGAAUGAGAUCAAUCAAACACCAUCGCCAGUGUUUAAAGUGCCUCGUUCAUCACCACCAAAAAGGCCAAAUCCACUAUCUCCACAAACAAUCUCAACUCCUUCCGAUCCAAUUAUGGAGCAAACACCUGCGCUCAAUCCUACAAUAUCACCAUCACCCCCACAAGUUGAUACGCAGCCUCGUCCACCGCCAAUGCCUAUGCCUAUGCCAAAUCCUCCACCAAUAAUGCCUAUGCCAAAUCCUCCAGCACCACCAACACCUAUGCCAAAUCCUCCAGCACCACCAACACAUAUGCCAAAUCCUCCAGUACCACCAACACCAGAAAGCGAUAAUGAGAAUGAUGAUCCUACAUUGCCAUAA